CCUCUUCUCUCAAACUAGUCACCCGAUGUCUUCCAGGUACUUGCUAGUUUUGCUCCUGGGAGCGGUGCUUUUCGCCGCACCUGUCCUCUCCGAGGACGUCGAAAAAGAGCACAAGCAUCACCACAAGCACCAACCCGGCGGUCGCCGUCUCUUGGAGACAGCCGAAGUCGAGGACUCGCACCACCACCACCACCACCACCACCACCCCCACCACCCCGGCCACAUGCUUGCCGAGGAAGUGGUAGCUGAUGAAAAAGAAAAAGAGCACAAGCACCACCACAAGCACCACCCCGGCGAUCGCCGUCUCUUGGGGACCAUCGAAGUUGAGGACUUACACCACCGCCGCCACCACCUCCACCACCACCCCGGCCACAUGCUUGCCGAGGAAGUGGUAGCCGAUGAAAGGAAUAAGCCUUUCCCUGACCACAAGCCACCAAAGAAAGGCGAGGAACCGAAGAAGGGCAAGGGAGAGAAGCCGCACCACCACAAGCCACCGCACAAGCCCCCCACCGAGAACUGAGUGUGCGUUCUUCAAUGAAUGUAUUUGUCGUGUGCUUAUCACGCUUUCAAAUAAGAGGUGGUCCAUAUAGUAUCUGGUACUACCGUGUUAGCAGGUUGGUUAUUUGCGUUCCAUGUAAUAUAGGAUGUUUGUACUUUGCUUGGGCAUUUCGAAAACUUUACCCUCGUUAAUACAUGCUGAGUAUUUGCUAGCCAUGAGCUUUCCUUUGUUAAA